UUGAGUGCCCUAAAACAAGGGCCUCACUUGCUUAACCCUCCAGCCGCCCUUGUUGUAAUCUCCGAAGCGGAUGCUGCAGUUUCAUCUGCCAGUGAAAGUCAACAAAGGAAAUCGUCAGUUUGAGCUUGGUAUCUCUGAAGAUUUUUGUUGACAAGGUAAACUCCAAUCUUUUCCAACCUAAUCGCUUGGACAGUAUAGUUUUGGGUUUGCUUAAUUAGAGACCCAAUUCAUGUUUGGUUGAGCACCUUUAGUACAUUGUGAAUUUGCUGCACAACUAGUCAUCAAGAUUGUUGUCAAUCCCCAACUCAUGCAUGAGAAAAGACCCUUACUUGGAGUUGAAUGGCAAAACAUGGGGAGAUAUCGUUCUGCCAGAUUAAGAAAAAAAUGUAAGCAUUCUUGGGGUACUCUUGAAUCUGUUAAAGAGGCAUUCAAAGGCUUUGACUCUAACACGCACGAAUAUGAGGAACUAGGUAUGAUCAAGCAAGGGAAAGAAUCCUUAAUUCAUGUAGAAUCUUCUAAAGAAACCUCAUGUUUAACGGCUAAUGUCCAUAGCCCAAGAUCAUCUGAUCAUUGUAAUUAUAUGGUAGCAAGUGAUCCUAAAGCCAGGAGAAGCUUACUUGGAGUCCGCAAGCGGAAAACCGGGAGGUAUGGAGCUGUGAUUACAGACCCAAUUAGGCAUAAGAAAGUAUGGUUGGGCACCUUUGAUACCGCUCAAGAGGCUUCCAAGGCUUAUUUGGUGAAGCAAUCUGAAUUUGCACGACUAGCCAAGGUUAAUGGCAAAAGACCCUUAAGCAAAGUCCAAAGGCUAAAAUCAGGAAGGUGUCGUUCUUUGCUGAGAGACCCUAUUAAGAAAAAGGAUGUUUUUUUGGGGAACUUUGAUACUGCUGAAGAUGCUUCCGAGGUUGAUUUCUCUAAGAAGGGCAAGGUAGAGAAACUAGUAAUGAUUAAAGAAGGGAGCAUAUCGAUAACAUGUGAAGAAUCUGAGCUUGAAUCAUCUGCUGUAGCCACAUCUGCAGUGACUGGUAAUCAGAGUUUGAAUCAAACUGACGGGAAUAGUAAUGAAAGAAGCACUUCCUUCAUAAAAAGUCCCUUACUUGUAGUUGAAUGGCAAAAUAUGGGAAGAUAUUAUUCUGUGAGUAAAGACCCUUUUAACAAAAAGAAGAUAUUGGAUACACUUGAAUCUGUUGAAGAGCCCGCCAAAGGCUUUUGCUCGAACGUGCAAGAAAUGGAGAAGUUAGUAAAGGUAAAGCAAGGUAAAGGACCCGUAAUUCAUGAAAAAUCUUCUAGAGAAACCACGUGCUCAAUGGAUAAUGUUCAAGGUGCAAAAUUGUCUGAUGGGUGUGAUACCGUAAGAGACAAUCCUAAUGCCACGAGAAGCUUAAUUGGAGUCCGCAGGCAGAAAACUGGGAGGUAUGGUGCUGUGAUCACAGAUCCAAUCAGGCAUAAGAAGGUAUGGAUCGGCACUUUUGACACUGUUGAAGAAGCUUCGCAAGCUUAUUUCUCCAAGAAUUGUGAGUUCGAGAAAUUAAACCAGGGUAAACAAGGGAACGAACCAAAGAGUUGUGAACAACUUCAGCCUGAAUCAUCUGAUGAGUGUAAUAGUGUAACAAGCAAUCCUAAAGCCAAGAGAAGCUUACUUGGAGUCCGAAGGCAAAAGAACGGGAGGUAUGGUGUUGUGAUUACAGACCCAACUAGGCAUAAGGAAGUAUGGCUGGGCACUUUUGACACCGUUGAAGAAGCUUCAAAAGUUUAUUUCUCCAAGAAGUCAGAGUUUGAGAAACUAAAUCAGGGAAAACAAGGAAAUGAACCAAAGAAUUGUGAACAAUUUGAACCUGAAUCAUCUAGUGGAGCAUUAUCUCCCAUGGCUAACGAUCAAUCCUUAAAUACUGCUGGUGUAAGUAGAAAUGGAGGAAGCAAUUCUCCCAAAACAACACAUUUCAUUGGGGUUCGCAAGAGAGAUUCAGGGAAUUAUAGUUCUGAGAUUACAAUUAGCAAGAAAAGAAUUUGGUUAGGGACUUACGGUACUGCUGAAGAGGCUUCCCAGGCUUAUCAAUCUAAGAAGCUCGAGUUUCAGAAACUACUCAAGGCAAAGCAGCAGUGCAAUAAGCAAAUAUCUAGUGCAAGGGAGAAGCAGGAUGGAAAAAGGAAAUUAGUCAAUGUCAUGCUAGGACAUGAAAUUGUAAAUCAUGAAGAAUUUCAGUCCGAAUCAGCUGGUGGAGCCUCAUCCUCAGGAAUUGAUGUUCCAAUAUCAAAUUCAUCUAAUGAAGGAAGUGACCAGGGGAUUGAUUUUCACAAAAUAAGCCACUCCAUGGGGGUUCAAAAGAGAAAAUCAGGAAAAUAUAUUUCUGAAAUUACAAACCCCAUUAGUAUGGCAAAAAUGUUGUUGGGGACUGUAAGCCCUACUGAAGAAGCUUUCCAUGCUGAUCAGUCUAAGAAAUUCGAUUUUCAGAGCUCAAAGAAUGUUGAGCUGCAAAGCAAUCCAACUGAUUCUAGUGCAGGGGAGAAGCAAGCAGGUCAAGAGGAUGAAGAUUUGUGGAUGGGACAAUGGGUCCAACUUCCAGGUGAUAGGGCUGUCAAAUUUUCUCUCCAACUAGGCUUACCAAUCAUUGAUAACUAUGGAUCUCUUUUAGCCCGGCCAUUUGAGGACUUCUUGAUUCAAAAGAUUAUAAUAGACACCUUCAGAAGGCAAGAGGGAGACGAUCAAUGGGAGCAGCAAUAACAGCAACACCAUCGUAACCACAUCCAACACCACCUUGCCAACUAACUUUAGCGUUUGGAUCAUCUCGAGACUAGGGUGACAGAGAUACAGAAGACAUAGGCACAAAUUAGCAUAAUAAGCUGUGUCAGGUGGAGCUUGAGCAUGCGAUGUUCGAUAUAUUGAGGCAAUUGGUGCUUAGUUAAGGGACAAACAUAGAGCAAUUCCAGGUCCCCACUUAAUAGGCCAUUUGGAGAUGCACCUGCAAGCAGCAUGCAGUGGAACGGAUAACUGGCCGGUAGAACAUGUUGUUUCUCCAGGGUAUGGAUAAGUUUUUGUCCUCUUUAAUUAUGUGGGACUCUUCCAACAUUCAAUUGCCAAGAAUUUAAACUGAAGGAAUUCUGUGUAAAAUUUGCAGUGUAUUGAUUGUUUCAGUCAUUCUUUUCCUGUAAUAACACAAUGCUUUAGGAAUAACAUUAGUCUUCUUUGCACUUUCUGUGUUAGUGUCAUUUUUCUUGUGUAGUUGGAAGAGCGGAAAGGUAUUCUUCCUUCCUGGCUUUGAUUUCUCAGUUUCUACUUCUUCCUUUGAUAUAUAAUGGUGGUGGGUAAAAGAAUGUUUGUCGAUGCAAACAAAUUAGUGUGUUUGAUGGAUAUUGAUAGUUGAUGUUGGCUGCUUUUGCUGCUAGGAGCUUAUUUCUUGAGUAUUUUUAUGACUAUGCUUCCAUCGACCACCCCCUGAAGCUGGCCUGUAAAGAUGUGAUCAAUUUAUCUGUCAAUGAUUUGUUCUUCAUGUAGCUUUGUUCUUAGCCAUCAUCUGAUUCUUGCUUAUCUUCUGAAAUGCUUGGAGCUUUUAAAGCCAUUCCUCUGGUGCUCCUAAAUGAGAGUCAUCCUAAAGAAUGCCAAUGCAUUUGUUUUUUCCUGUUUUCAACUUCUUUACUUUUUGCUGCUCUUGGGUAAUAUUUCGAACUUAGCAUAACAGAGAGGUUCAGUGAAGAGGAGGGAGUGGGAGAAGAAGGGUGGUGUUGAUAAGAUUCAGAAUGAAGUAUGAAAAGGCUUGUAUUCAAUGUUGACGACUUACAUAUAUACGUAUACAUCUUUUGAGUGGGAACAAGAUACCCAUUGUAUCAGCUAUAUUCAUAAAAAAUAUUAUGAGAAAGGUAAUUCAUAUCUGAUUGAAGAUUACAGUAAUAUAUGUUCCUUAGUUAGCUCUAUUAUGCCCGCAAGUUAGGGGGUGUCUCAACAACACCUAACUUGGUAAGUUGUCGCUGGUGACAAGUCUUGGGCAAAACUCGGUGAGAACAUUUGCUAUCUGGUCUGCGAUGUAGACAUGCAUGACAUGAAGCCAAUGUUUUUGCCCUUGUUUACGAGUAAAAUAAAAAACAAUUGGCAAUAUGCUUCAUGUGGCUGCGAAAGACUCUGUUUUGACAUAGGUAAGUGGUACCUAUGUUGUCACAGUAGACUGUAGGAGGUGUAAAGAGGGUCACACGAAGUUCAGAUAGGAGAUCUUGAAUCCAAUUGGAUUCUGCUACCGCCCCAACAACAGCAUGAUAAUUCAGCCUCAGUGGAUGAUCGUGCAACAGUGUGUUGCUUCUUUGGGGACCAACUGAUAGGAUUAGAUCAGAUGAGUAGAAGUAGAGGUUCGAUCAGUAACAUCACCUGCCCUAUCUGCAUCAGGGUAUACAUGAUAUGUAUUAGGAGAGUUACGAUGAAGAAGCACGUUGUGAAGCAUUGUGUGCUUGAGAUAUUCGAGGAGACGCUUCGUUGCUUGCCAGUGGAUGGUGGAAGGUUUGUUCAUGAAUUAUGAGAGUGUUGAGAGCAACUGAUAUCGGAGUGUGUAAAGGAGAGCUAGGGAAGCUUUCUGGUGGCUGCACAGUAUUGUUUCUGAUAACCAUCAUUGGAGGAGAAGAGAAUGGUGUUUUAGCGGCUGAAGUUUGUGUGUCUUCCAUGAAUUAGCAAUGAAGAUACAGUAGUUAAGAAAAAAGGAUCGAAUGGAGUUUACUCUUUUGAGUUUUGGAGGAGCUGUGAUUCCAUAUAAGAUUCAAAAUAAAGUAUGAAAAGGCUUGUAUUCAAUGUUGACUAAUGAUGUGUAUCUACACAGCUUUUGAGUGGGAACAAGAUGCCAUAGUAUCAGCUAUAUUCAUGAAGAAUGCUAUGGUCUUUUCUAACAAGCAGCAGGAUGCUAUAACUGACUCCAUUGAGUCCGUUAUGAACAGUCCACCCUUUUCUCGAUUAUUGCUGAUGCAAUCAUAAAAAGCUAAUUUUUCUAGACCAGAUAAACUUUGAGAAAACGUAAGGUAAUAUCUGAUUGAAGAUUACACUGAUAUAUGUUCCAUAAUUAGCUCUAUCAGGUGUUAGUGAGUGAAAGGAGCUUUUUUGGAAAGACGUAUUGGGGAGAAGUGAUUAGACAGGACAUGGCAUGUCUCCAGCUUACCGGGAUAUAACCCUAGAUAGGGAGAUAUGGAGGUCUAAGAUUAGGGUAGAGGGUAAUUAGUAGGUCGUCGAGUUUAGGACUCUGUAUCUGCUACAUUUGCCUCUUUCAUUCAUCAAAGAUUUCUUACUGGGAGCCACAGGAUAGACUUAUCAACACUUUUUACUGUCUAAUAGUAGUGGAUAUGUCCAAUAAGCUUAUUGCUGAUGCAAAUUGUAGCAACUUUUCUUUAUGUUCUUCACUAUCCACAUAAAAAUGUUAACCUUAACUUUAAAGUAUGUAAAUCACCAGAAAGAUUCCAGAAAAUCUGCUUUAUCGGACAUCUUUCUCUCAUCUGUGUUUUCAUUCCAGGUUCUUUUAUUAUCAUUCAAAUGGCCCGCUCAUCGUAUUCGUCAAUGUGAGAACAUAUGCUGUGUUUACCUGAGAUUGUUAGUUCAGCUGAUUUCCUAUUGAGCAUGAUGGUUAAUUAGUUGAAUUCUUGGAACUGAGAUACGCUGGUGCGCUAGUGUAUGCUUGAACACAAUUGUUUGAUUCCAUGCUGCUUUAGACCCUGUAUGCAUUUUUCUUCUCAUGCUUUAAUCUGAUGCCUACGUUUCCUGAAAUGAUUGCAUGUGGUGCCAAAUUCAGUCUGCUAUCUAUUUGCGCACUCUAAAUUUUUUUG